UUUGUGUGUGUGUGUUCACGCAUCUCUGACUCCUGCUCUUCUAUAUUUACCAGGACAGUGAGUGAGAUCUCAUCUCCUUCAGUCAAAGCACACAGUCUCAGAGUCCUGCCUGGAGAACCAGUGUGUGUGUUUAUCUGAGAGCAUGAAGAGCAGAAGUGUGACCCAGCGCUGUGUGGAGGAGCAGACGGGAAAGAUGACCAGCAGCAUGGAGACGUCUAGACAGAUCCAGAAGAAAACCUUCAAAUCCAGUGAUGAAGAAGCCUCCUUGGGUGAAUUCUAUCCCAUCAUUCCUGGUGACGUCAUGUCUGUCAAAGAGAUCCUGACUGGACCCAAGUUCCCUCGUCACAGGACAUGGGAGGCUCUGAAGGAGACCAUGUGCGCUGAGGAUCUGCAAGAACGUCAGAAGUGGACGCUGUUUGGAAAUGAGCUGGAGAAGAUGGAGGUGGGACUGAUCAGAAACCAGCAUCUGAUUCGCCAGCAGGUCAACCGAUCAGCUCUCAGGAGUCAGGCGGAGAGAAAAGCUGCGCAGCACCUGAAGCAUGUGCAGGAUUUGAGCUUGAAGGCUCCAGAUUUCAGCGUGCCGCUGCGUCCUCAUACGGUGUGGUGCGGGAUGGAUGUUAAACUCUCCUGCUCUGUGCAGGGCUUCCCUGAUCCCAGCAUCACCUGGUUUAAGGAUGACGUUCCUCUGCAGCCGCCGCUGCCCUGGAACUACAGGAUCAGCAGCAGAUUCGGCCUCCACAUCUUGGAGAUCAGGAGAUGUUCUGCUGAAGAUGCCGGAGAAUAUAAAGUCAUAGCGAGAAGUUCCCUGGGAGAAGCAGCAUCCAGCGCCACACUGAUAGUGAACUCACAUGAAGGGGCCGAGGCCAAGCUGCAGCGCUCCUUUACUCCUAUCCCAGUUCCAGAGCCGGAUGCUCAGCUGGCCUCCACAUUUCCUCCAACUUUUGUGAAAGAGGGGGACAACUUGGUUCUCCAAUGCAGUUUCACCACAGCUUUACUUCCUUUCCAGCAGGAUGUGACCUGGUACAGAGAUGGAUUGGCUGUGCGUCCGUCCAGUCGUGUGGAGCUGCAGACUGCUCUGAGAUCUGCCAGUCUCACUGUGAAGCAUGUGCACAAGGAGAAUGAAGGUCUAUACACUGUUCGCCUGCGCACAUGGGAUGGAACCGUUGAGCACAGCGCCUACGUCUAUGUCAAAGAUGGAUCCGCGGUGGUGGUGGGCGCUCCAGGUUCUCCUCUGCAGGUGAAGUGUUCUGAUGUGAACCGGGAUUAUGUGUUCCUCUCCUGGAUUCCUCCCAGCGCAGACGGAGCCGCCGCGGUUCAGGGUUACUUCAUAGAGAGGUGUGACAUCGGUGUUGGGAAGUGGGAACGCUGUAAUGAUGUCAUCCAGAAAGUGUGUCAGUAUCCUGUGAUGGGCCUGAAGGAGAACACCAUGUAUCAGUUCAGAGUGUGUGCCGUCAAUCAGGCGGGUGUGGGACGUCCGUCUAAACCCAGCGAGCCCAUCCUGACCUCUGACCCCCUGGAGCCCAGCAGGACUAUGGUGGUGAAGGUGGAGCGCGGCAGACAGAUCGUGAUCACUAAAGACCAGCUGGAGGGUCAAAUCCGAGUGCCGUUUCCCCCAACCGAGGUGCAAGUUUGUGAGCUUAGCGACACCUACGCUGUGCUACGUUGGACUGAGCCGGAUCCGCGCGGACGGGAGCCUCUCAAAUACUUCGUGGAGCGGGAGUUCCUGCUCCACCAAGUGGUGUUUUGCCGAUGCGAGACACGAACAGCUCCGUGCUGCUGCAGUGGAAGGAGCCCGCGGUGACAGAGGGCAUUGUGGGAUACUAUCUGUACUGCAGCGAGGCUGGAAGCGGACAGUGGAAAACCAUCAAUAAUAAGCCCAUCACCACAACCAGGUUCACCGUUGACGGCCUGAAGAGCAAUAAGCAGUAUGUGUUUCGGGUGAAGUCUGUGGGCGUAUCUGGAAACAGCAUCUACUCUGAAGAGUCUCCUGUCAUUCGAGUCAAAGCAGCACUGAAUGUUCCUUCAUGUCCAUCGGCCAUCUCUGUGCUGAACUGCAGCAGAGCGGAGAUGGUGAUUGGCUGGAGAGCACCUGUCAAUCAUGGAGGAGACCCUGUGCGCGGAUACUACCUGGACCAGAGGCAGAAAUCAGAGAGCAUCUGGAGAGAGGUCAACGUCAAGCCUGUGAAAGAGAGAGUCUAUAAGCUGACGGGUCUUCAGGAAGGACAUUUUUACCAGUUUCGAGUUUUUGCAGCCAAUAUUAUAGGAGUGGGCAAACCUUCUGAACCCAGUGAACUGCUCUUAUGUGAGCCCUGGACCAUGCCUGAGCCGGGCUGUCCUUAUGAUCUGGAGUUCAGAGAAGUGAGACGUGACUCUCUGGUGCUGCUGUGGGCGGAGCCUCUUUACAAGGGACAAUCAGAGAUCACUGGCUAUAUAGUGGAGAUCAGUGAGGGGGCGGAGUCUGAGGGUUGGACCCGCGUGACAAGAGAACUGGUGACAGAAACUCACCUAAAGGUGUGUGAUCUGCGCGCGGGUCAGAUGUACCGUCUCCGUGUGUGUGCUGUUAAUGAUGCUGGAGUCGGCAUGUGCUCGGUCCCGUCUGAGCCUGUCAGAGCACACACUAAAACAGGAACCAAAGAGAUGGAGAUCGGGGUUGAUAAUGACGGCUUCAUAUUCCUGAGUUUUGAAGCUCCUGAUGGCACUGAUGAAGGAGUCUUUAGUUGGAAUAAAAACUAUGGAAAAGCCAUUGAUGCCGGACGAGCCCGACUGGAGAACAAAAACAACAGGUCUGUUCUCACCUUCACAGCAGCGGCAGAGCAGGAUUUAGGCCUGUACACAGCGGAGCUGAGUGGAAACCCUGACGUCUCCUCCAGUUUCACCUUCACUGCAGACGAUCUGGAGAGGCUGACAGAACUCAGCUGGCACAUCAGAAACCCCUUGAUCGGUUUGCGCUCUGAGGGCUGGCAGGUGGAGGUGUCAGAGCAGGGAUCGGUGCGUCUGUGGCUGCAGACUGAAGCUCUUAGCAGUGCUGCGGUGCUUCGGCUCAUCCUGAAUGACAGAGAGAUCUCCAGCACACCGACUCGCAAGAUCAACUUUGACAAGGCGCAGGGUUUGGUGGAGAUCCUGAUUGAGCAGAUCUCAGAAGAGGACGAGGGCUCGUACACCGCGCAGCUCAAAGACGGACGCGCCAAAAACCAGUUCACACUCGUGUUUGUGGAUAAGAAGUUUAAGGAGACACUGGCCAGAUCUCAGGCCAACAGAAAGAACUGGAAGAGAAAGUCAGGUCCACAUUUUGAGGAGUUUCUGUCAUGGACUGUGACCUCAGACUGUGAUAUGAUCAUGAAGUGCAAGGUCACCAACACGAGUAAAGACACACGUCUGAAGUGGUUUAAGGAUGGAGUGGAGCUUCCUCAGGCUGUGUUUGAGCCCUCGGGUGUCAGUACACUCACCAUAUCACAGGUGACCAGGAAGGAGUUGGGGGUGUACAGAGCUGUAGUGAGUGACAGCAGAGGAGAAGACGACACUAUCCUGGAGCUGAUAGAUGAUGAAUUUGACCGUCUGAUGCUGCAGCUCAGUAAACAGUGCGUGCUCUCCGCUGGUCCAGUGUAUAUCCAGUGCACUGCGCAGGGCUUCAAGCUUUACUGCUCCCUCAAAUACUACCAGAGCUACAUCAAGACCAGCUGGCACUUCAAAGAGCGCAGGAUCGAUCUGGACGAGCGCUGCCGGCCCGGCUCCAGCAUGCAGAAGCUCUGGAUCGAGAUCUGCAAUCCCACUGAAAACGAUAAAGGCAAAUACACACUGGAGAUGUGUGACGGUCAGGACACACACAAGCGCUCGCUGGAUCUGUCUGGACAAGCGUUUGCUGAUGCUCUGCUGGAACACCAGAGACUGAAGCAAGUGGAGUUUGCGGAGAAGAAUCGAGCCCGAGUCACGAAGGGUCUUCCUGAUGUUGUGGCCAUAAUGGAGGACAAGUCUCUGUGCCUGACGUGUUUUGUUGACGGUGAUCCUGCGCCUGAAAUGUUCUGGAUGAAGAACGACAGAGAAAUCUCGUCCGCAGCCCAGUACAACAUUAAAAACGAGAACAAAUCCUCCACGCUCACCAUAAACCACGUCAGCAUGGAGGACUCUGGGAACUACAGCAUCUUCGUGCGCAAUAAACACGGCUCGCAGACGGUCCUGGUGACGGUCAGUGUGUACAAACAUGGGGAAAAACCCAGAGGAGACGCAGUGCAGAUGUAAAAGCCACAGCAAACACUGAUUGGUGAAGGAGUACACUAUAUUUACAUGUGUGAUAUGUAUGACGGUGUUAAAGAGCAGGUCACAUGGGCUUUAGAAAAAUAUCCUGUAUGCAGUUUUUAAUGUAGCUGUCAGUUAAUGUAAACAAUUUGCAAAGUUCCUCAUAAAAGUGCUUGAUAAAUAAAGAUGUAGUCUCUCAGAAGAAA